AAAUGGUAAAAGACGUUUGGCGCGGUCAGUAGAUCAGCAAGGGACAGCAGAGGGAAGGGAACCGGUGACAGAGCUGUGGUUCAUCUUCUUUCUGGUCUUUUCUCCAGGGAAAGGCCGGAGACACGUUUGUACAUUUGUUAAGAAAGAGUUAGUGCGCUUUCAUUUGCGUUUUCCCGAGUCUGCCGUCUAUCGAAGCUUGCCCUGCGCAGGCAGACGGAAGGAACCACCUUGAAAAUGCCUCCCAUCGAAAAUGACUCCGGGAAGAAUGAACUCAAAUCUCGGAUACAGCAGCUUAUUGACUCCAAUCAAGUGCUGGUUUUCAGUAAGAGCUACUGUCCAUUUUGUCUCAAGGUGAAAGACUUGUUCAAAGAGCUGAAGAUCGAGUGUAAUGUGGUGGAGCUGGAUCUCAUGGAGGAUGGGAGCAACUACCAGGAGAUGCUGCUCGAGAUGACCGGACAGAAAACCGUUCCUAAUGUCUUCAUCAACAAGACUCACCUUGGUGGCUGUGACAAAACAAUCCAGGCUCAUAAAGAUGGCAGCUUGCAGCAGCUUCUAAGUGGAGAAAAUGACACUUACGACUAUGACCUGAUUGUCAUCGGAGGAGGAUCUGGAGGUCUUGCCUGCUCAAAGGAGGCCGCUAUAUUGGGGAAGAAGGUCAUGGUACUGGACUACGUUGUGCCCACACCAAAGGGAACCACAUGGGGUCUCGGUGGAACAUGCGUGAACGUGGGCUGCAUUCCCAAGAAGCUGAUGCACCAGACGGCCUUGCUGAGCACGGCCAUACAGGACGCACGCAAGUUCGGCUGGGAGUUUGCCGAGACAGUGAAACACAAUUGGGACACGAUGAAGUCGGCGGUGAACAACUACAUUGGCUCAUUGAACUGGGGCUACAGGGUGGCACUGCGAGACAAGAAUGUCAACUAUGUCAAUGCCUAUGCAGAAUUCAUUGAACCACACAAAAUCAAGGCAACAAACAAACGAGGGAAGGAGACGUUUUACACAGCAGCUAAGUUUGUCUUGGCUACAGGUGAGAGGCCGCGCUACCUGGGCAUCCCUGGAGACAAGGAGUACUGCAUCACCAGUGAUGACCUCUUCUACCUGCCUUACUGUCCGGGAAAGACCCUGGUGGUUGGGGCGUCAUACGUGGCUCUGGAGUGCGGUGGUUUCCUGGCAGGCCUGGGUCUCGAUGUCACCAUCAUGGUCCGAUCCAUCCUCCUGAGGGGCUUCGACCAGGACAUGGCCAACCGUGCCGGAGAGCACAUGGAGGAGCACGGUGUAAAGUUCCUCCGUAAAUAUGUCCCCGUAAAGAUCGAGGAGCUGGAAGCAGGCACUCCUGGCAGGCUGAAGGUGACAGCCAAGUCCACAGAAACCGAUGAGAUCAUUGAGGGAGAAUACAACACUGUGCUGAUAGCAGUGGGCCGAGAUGCAUGCACAGACAAGAUUGGCCUGGACAAGAUCGGGGUCAAAGUCAACCCCAAGAAUGGAAAAAUUCCAGUGAACGAUGAAGAGCAGACCAACUUGCCCUACGUCUACGCCAUUGGAGACAUUCUGGAAGGCAAGCUGGAGUUGACACCAGUAGCCAUCCAGGCUGGCAAGCUGCUGGCACGACGCCUCUACGGGGGCUCAAAAGUCAAGUGUGACUAUGUCAACGUUCCCACCACCGUCUUCACUCCACUGGAGUACGGUGCCUGUGGACUGCCAGAGGAAAAAGCCACUGAGCUCUACGGGGUGGACAACAUCGAGGUGUACCACAGUCUGUUGUGGCCUCUGGAGUUCACCGUGCCCGGCAGAGAUAACAACAGAUGCUAUGCCAAGAUCAUCUGCAAUAAACUGGACAGCGAUCGUGUCAUUGGCUUCCACUAUCUGGGUCCAAACGCUGGAGAGGUGACGCAGGGCUUCGGCGCGGCCAUGAAAUGUGGUGUGACCAAGGAGCAGCUGGACGGCACCAUCGGCAUCCACCCAACCUGUGCUGAGAUCUUUACCACUUUGGCGGUGACGAAGAGCUCCGGAGGAGAUGUCACACAGGCCGGCUGCUGAGGUUAAACCCUGCAUGUUUAGCGGGCUGCUCUCAUGUUAGGCUCACCUACCAACCCUUUUAUCUUAGUUCACAGUCCACCUUUUUAGCUCAGCCUCACCUGCAGCCACCUGGUUUGCAGAGCGGCCGUUUCUCAGGACAAACCUAACACCGUGGCUGGCGUCUGAAUCGGUGAAAGCACUUAUUUAGGCUCGCUGGGAGCUAAGAGGUGACUGACUGAAGCCAGAGCUGAGGGUGUGUGAGCCUGUCGCUCUGGCUGUGGUAGUCUGACAAUGAGGGCAGCCUGCUGAACAGCAGGGUUAUUCUGCUGGUGUUUUUCCUGGGCUCCACCAGUGUGUCCUCCUCAGAGGAGCACCAACACACAUACACAGACUUCUGCGGAGUUUGUGUGUGCGUUUGGGCUGUUUGUGACGUCCUCCCCCGUAACCUGAUAUACUGAGGUGGGCGAGGAUCGAUGUCCCUCUGCAGAAGCACCUGAUGGUGGCCCUAACCCUUCGUCCAGUACCAAUAUAAACCUUCAAACACUUCUCACCUCCCCCCCCCCCCCCACAUUUGAAUUGGCACACAACCAGGGUUUGAAUGGAUGCACGGCUCUGAUCUCUGGUUCAGCUUGUGAUGGAAACUUAUUAUUUAAUCUGGUGUGUGUGUGUGUGUGUGUGUGUGUGUGUGUGUGGAUGUGUGGAUUAAAUGUUAUCUUGUCUCUUUGGUUGAGCCUUCUUCAUUGCACACAUUUUGUAACAGGUGUAUACGUGUUGCCGUCAUUGUUUUUGCUGUGUGGAGGCACCAGGGCUUUCUGCCUUAAAGAUUAUUCCUUUCAUCUCUACCAAAGCGCUUAUCUAAACAAGUUUGCAGGGAAGAAGAGCCGACAAAUGUCAAACCUUGAUGUGCUCAAACACUAUAAUAGUUAAAUGGAAAGUAACGACCUGAAUUGUACUGAAUGUUGUCUUUAAAAAUAAAACAAAAUCCCAAGUUUUUACUCAGUUAAUUUAAUGCUUGUUUGUUGCAUCUUGCUGUCUGCCUCGGCAUUAUGUGUAUGUGAAAGAUAUAUAUUCAGUCUUUUAGAGGACAGUAUUUCUGGAGGCUCUCAAUGCGUGACUUUGGUCAUCUGUAUAAAAGACUUGUUUGUUGGUGUCAAACCACUGUAGAUUACUUCUUUCUUAAGAUUUAAUAAAGGAUGAAUUAACCAUCA